AUGGUCUGGACACGGUUCGCGGCCGCCGCCCUUGCUGGGGCCGGCGUCGCAAGCGCCGCCUACAGCAUUGCGACAACCGACGGCAUCAAGAAGACCGCCGCGGACGUCGCUUGGGAUCUUUUGCAGUACUAUCACGGAAACGAGUCAGGGCAGACGCCCGGAAUCCUGCCUGGUCCUCCCCCGAAUGGUGAUUACUACUGGUGGGAGGCCGGUGCCAUGUGGGGGACCUUCAUCGAUUAUUGGAAGUUGACGGGCGACUCGACGUACAACGACCUGGUCACCCAAGCGAUGCUUUUUCAGGUUGGCCCAGAUCGGGACUAUAGGCCGCCCAACUACACGGCCUCGCUUGGCAACGACGACCAGGCAUUCUGGGGCAUGUCGGCCAUGACUGCCGCCGAGAACAACUUUCCCAAUCCACCGGCCGACCAGCCGCAGUGGCUCGCUCUCGCCCAAGCCGUCUUCAACACCCAGGCCUCCCCCGAAGAGCACGACGAUACUUGCAACGGCGGGUUGCGGUGGCAGAUCUACCUCUCCAACAACGGAUACGAUUACAAGAACAGCAUUGCCAACGGCUGUUUCUUUAACUUGGGCGCACGACUAGCGCGUUACACCGGCAACAAAACAUACGCCGAGUGGGCCGAGAAAACAUGGGACUGGGUGAGGGGCGUCGGUUACAUGGACGACCAGUACAACAUCUACGACGGAGGGCAUGUGCAGCACAAUUGCACCGACAUCAACCGUGCCCAGUUCUCGUACAACAACGCCGUCUACCUCCUCGGCGCGGCGUUCAUGUACAAUUAUACCAACGGUAGCGACAAGUGGAGAGAGGCCAUCGAGGGCCUGGCCGACGCCACCAUCAAGACGUUCUUCCCCGACGGGGUGGCGUACGAGAUCGCAUGCGAGCAGGGCAUGACAUGCACGGCCGACAUGCUCAGCUUCAAGGGGUACCUGCACCGCUGGUUGGCUACGGCCACGCAGGUUGCGCCCAUCCUGUCCGAGAAGAUCCUCCCGGUCCUCAAGACGUCGACCGAGGCCGCCGUGAGCACCUGCACGGGCGAGGCCAACGGUCGCACGUGUGGCUUCCAGUGGAGCAAGCGCCAGUACGACGGCAGCCACGGCGCCGGCCAGCAGAUGAACGUCCUCGCUGCCGUGUCGUCGCUGCUGAUCGACCAGAGCCCGCCGCCCUAUACGAACAUGUCCGGCGGCACCAGCAAGGGCGAUCCCCUGGCCGGGACGAACUCGCGCAGCACGCUGAACGAGCCGCGCCAGAUCACGGGCGGAGACAGAGCCGGUGCCGGCAUUCUUACCAUUCUCCUCAUAGCUGCGGGAGUCGGCACGUUUGGGUGGAUGAGCACCGGGGUUUGAUUUUGGAUUGGGUAUGUAUGUAAAAGGUACACUACGCGACGGGCUAAGUGGAGAGUGGCUGGCAUGUAGUAGGCAGGAUCGAUUUGGAGGGCGUUCCGUUCUUUUUCUGUCGUUGCUUUUCAUCUGUUCUUCCCGGGUUUCUGGUGUUUGGGUUGGCUACGUGACAUCGAUAUAUCCAUCUAGUUCUUCGGAGUACAUACUUGAGUGAAGCUAGUUAGUUACUUCUUCCAGCUGGCUUUGUUUGGCUUUUCG